GAGAAACCAGUUCUCUUUCCGUGUCGCGACGCGACACAGGUCACUGAUUGCGAUUUGAGUUGUCCCGGACUCGAGUCCGUGGUUCGAAUUUCUCUGAAAUUGAUCGUUGACUCCCUUGAUUCUGUUUGUUCAAUCUUUACUGCUUCGAAUUCUCUCUUUUAGGAGGACGUGAUCAAUUUGAUCCAUCCCUUGAGAGCUUCUUUUGAAUUUAGGUCCGGAAGAAGGAUUGAAAUCGAGAAGAAGAGACUCGACCUGACGGUCGUUUGAGAAAAGUUCGGCAAAAUGCCGCAGGGAGAUCAUAUAGAGUUGCAUCGUAAGCGGUUUGGAUACCGUCCUGAUUACUUCGAGAGAAAACGUAAAAAAGAUGCCAGGGAGGUUCACAAGCGUGCGGCCUUCGCACAGAAGGCUUUGGGUAUCAAGGGUAAGAUGUUUGCCAAGAAGCGGUACCAAGAGAAGGCCACCAUGAAGAAAACACUUGCCAUGCAUUCAGAGAGAUCAAACAGGCACAAAGCAGACGAUGAAGUCCAAGAAGGAGCCGUUCCUGCUUAUCUGCUUGACCGUGAGCAAACAGCCCGUGCUAAGGUUCUUAGCAACACCAUCAAGCAAAAGCGUAAGGAGAAAGCUGGAAAGUGGGAUGUUCCUUUACCAAAGGUUCGACCUAUCGCUGAGGAUGAGAUGUUCCGCGUUAUAAAAUCUGGGAAAAGAAAGACUAAACAGUGGAAGCGACUUGUCACCAAGGUGACCUUUGUAGGACCCGGAUUUACCAGGAAACCUCCAAAGUACGAGCGUUUCAUCAGGCCGAUGGCUCUUCGUUUCACCAAGGCUCACGUGACGCAUCCAGAGUUGAAGUGCACCUUCAAUCUAGAAAUUAUUGGUGUGAAGAAGAACCCUAACGGUCCCAUGUAUACUUCGAUGGGUGUCAUUACGAGAGGAUCCAUAAUUGAGGUUAACGUUAGUGAAUUGGGUCUUGUUACUCCUGCUGGUAAAGUCGUAUGGGGAAAAUACGCCCAGGUCACCAACAAUCCAGAGAACGAUGGAUGCAUCAACGCAGUCUUGCUUGUAUAAAUGCAGUUUGUACAAGCAGAGGAAUUUGUUGCAACACUCUGUGAAUCUGUAUGAAAUAUCACUUUUUGUAACGAGUUUUAUUCAGAGAGAAGGAAUCUCUCUCUUCGGCUCCCUCUAUUAAUGCGAAAUCGAUUGUCCACAAUGAAUUUGUGUGGACUUGCACAAUA